AUGCAUCGAAACAAGUGGAUAAACGUGCUGCUACUUGUCUGCAUUCUGGAUCAAGCAGUAACAGCAAAACGCUACAAACGAAACAUAGUGAAAGCUCUUACCCAUCUCGGACCAGAUGGAAACAAAACUCUCGGUAAUUAUGUGGACUUCAGCACAGUUUUGGGUCUAGAUUAUGGUAACCCAAAGCCUAAAAUUCGAAAAUCGUACGAUUUCAUCGUGGUAGGAGCAGGACCAGCAGGAUGUUCCGUCGCAAAUCACCUGUCAGAAAAUCCUUCGAUAACGGUUUUGCUGUUGGAGCUCGGCAAAUCGGAAAUUUCAAUCGCUCAGGAUGUUCCCGCAACAAACUUCUUUCAAAUUUCAACGGAUUACAAUUUUGGUUAUGUGACCGAGCCCCAAACAGGAGCAUGUUUGGGAAUGAAAGAUAGGCGGUGUGCCUGGCACCAUGGUAGAGGACUCGGCGGUUCGACUUUGAUCAACAACAUGAUUUAUACUAGAGGCAAUUGGCGAGACUACGAUUCUUGGAAUGCAUCAGGUAACAUUGGUUGGAGCUACGACGAUGUGCUGCCAUAUUUCAUCCGGGCAGAGAGAGCAAAUUUGCGUGACUUUGAGGAUGAUGGCUUCCAUGGAAAGGAUGGAUAUUUGUCGGUCGAGGACAUAGCGUUUAGGACUCGCCUGGCUUCCACUUUUGUGAAAAGUGCUCAGGAAAGUGGAAUGCGCUACAUUGACUUCAACAGAGCAUUUGGCAGCGCUAAGCUGCUGAUGCUUUCUGGGAUUGGUCCAGAGGGUCAUUUGAAAGAUCUCGGAAUUGAAGUGAUCCAUACAUUGCCGGUAGGUGAAACAUUGUACGAUCACCCUGGAGCAAUAGGGCCAGUUUUCACUGUUAGCACACCGAUUGAUAACCUCUACAAUUUUGACUCAGUGAUUACCGUUCCAAACUUUAUACAAUACCUCUUCGGCAGAGGAGUGUUCACUAGUAGUUUUACAGAAUCAUUAGCCUACGUGAAGAGCCCUGUUUCACAGUAUCCUGAUCCUGAUUGGCCCGAUGUUGAAUUGAUUCAGGCAGCUGGAGAAGUUGGAGAUGAUGCGUCUCCAGGUUUGCAAAAUUAUUUCAGAAUUACGGAUGAAAUUAUGAACGCGUACUUCAGACCGUUAUACGAGAAACGAGCUUUCAUGUAUCUUCCACUGUUGAUGCACCCUAGGACAAAAGGAUCAUUGAGAUUGCGUUCGACGAACCCGUACGAUCACCCGAUUUUCGAUUACAACUACUUUGAAGAUGAUCGUGAUCUGCAAUCACUGGUAUAUGGAAUAAAAGAAGCAAUCAAGAUAACUAGUCAGAAGCCAUUUACCGACAUAGGAGUGGAACUGUAUUCCGCGAAAGUUCCCGGCUGUGAAGAAUUCGAGUUCAACAGUGACGGCUAUUGGCGAUGUCAUGUACAGGUUUUAACUACUACCUACUACCACUACGUUGCUACAUGUAAAAUGGGCCCCGCCACAGACCCAAGCUCCGUGGUUGAUCCCCGGUUACGGGUGCAUGGAAUUAGGCAGCUCCGAGUGGUAGACAUAGGAAUAAUUCCGAAGCCUCCAUCGGCUCACACAGCGGCUAUUGCGUACAUGAUUGGCGAUAAGGGAGCUGAUAUGAUCAAAGAAGAUAACAAUCUAUGA